ACUGAGGCUCGUGUUGCUUUCCCCAGCUCCACCAUGAACUGAGCUAUAAUUAACCGAAGAGGACGACGACGACGGAGGGCACGGUGCCGGGCUGAUCGAUCCAUGGAGGCGUUCGUGGCCGCCGCAGGCGCGGGCGGGGUCGGGGUCGGCGCGGCGACGGUGGCGGCGGCAGUGGGGGGACUUCUCGCCGCGGCCGCGCUCGCCGAGAGGGUCGGUGUGGUCGCGCCCAGGAACCGCCGCAACGCGCCUCCAGCUGUUCCUGGCUUACCCAUCAUUGGAAAUCUGCAUCAAUUGAAAGAAAAGAAGCCUCAUCAGACCUUUACAAAAUGGUCUGAAAUUUAUGGGCCAAUCUACACUAUAAAAACAGGGGCUUCUUCUGUUGUUGUGCUCAAUUCAACUGAAGUAGCAAAGGAGGCGAUGGUUGCAAAAUUCUCAUCCAUAUCUACUCGAAAGCUAUCCAAAGCACUGACAGUGCUUACUCGUGAUAAAUCUAUGGUUGCUACAAGCGACUACGGUGAUUUCCACAAAAUGGUUAAGCGUUAUGUGAUGUCAAGCAUGCUGGGUACUUCUGCCCAGAAACAAUUUCGUGAAACAAGAGAUAUGAUGGUCAAUAAAAUGCUACGCACUUUCCAUAAACUGGUGACCGAUGAUCCGGAUGCUCCUAUCGUAUUCAGAGACGUUUUCAAGGACGAGCUAUUCCGAUUGUCCCUGAUUCAGAGUUUAGGAGAGGAUGUGAGCUCAGUCUAUGUCGAUGAAUUUGGGAGGGACAUUUCGAAGGAAGAGAUCUACAACGCCACUGUUACGGACAUGAUGAUGUGUGCAAUUGAGGUUGACUGGAGAGACUUCUUCCCCUACCUCAGCUGGGUUCCAAACAGGAGCUUCGAAACAAGGGUGUUCACUACAGAAGCUAGACGAAGUGCAGUGAUGCGUGCCUUGAUCAAGCAGCAGAAGGAAAGGAUUUUGCGUGGAGAGGCACGAAUAUGCUACCUCGACUUCCUGCUGGCAGAGAACACACUGACAGAUGAACAACUGGUGAUGCUGGUGUGGGAGGCUCUCAUAGAGGCUGCAGAUACUACAUUGGUUACCACCGAAUGGGCCAUGUAUGAACUUGCCAAGAACCCUGAGAAACAGGAGCGGCUUUACCAGGAGAUCCGGGAGGUGUGCGGCGACGAGACGGUCACCGAGGAACACCUGCCGCGGCUGCCGUACCUCAACGCCGUCUUCCACGAGACGCUGCGCCGCCACUCCCCCGUCCCGCUCAUACCCCCGAGGUUCGUCCACGAGGACACCAAGCUCGCCGGCUACGACGUCCCCGCCGGCACCGAGAUGGUGAUCAACCUGUACGGGUGCAACAUGAGCAAGGAGGAGUGGGACUCGCCGGAGGAGUGGGCGCCGGAGAGGUUCGCCGGCGGGAGGUUCGAGGUGGCGGACAUGUACAAGACGAUGGCGUUCGGCGCCGGGAGGAGGGCGUGCGCGGGGAGCCUGCAGGCGAUGCACAUCGCGUGCGCCGCCAUCGCGCGCUUCGUGCAGGGGUUCCAGUGGAGGCUGCGGGAGGGCGACGAGGACAAGGUGGACACCGUGCAGCUCACCGCCUACAAGCUCCACCCGCUCUACGUCCACCUCCAUCCCCGAGGGCCAAGGAUGUAAAGCAUAUAUUUAGGGGCAGCGGCACACGCAUGCUAUAUCGGAGUUACUCCUGUGUGGACAAUAAACUUCUAAAAUUCCGAGAAGUUAU